UGUUAUACUUAAAUGUUUGAAAACUGUCUUCUUUACAGAUAAUUUACGUUUACAUAUAGUUCUUAGUAGAGGUGACGGCAACAAGGUAAUAACCCACUGCCGAGGUAAACACUUUACAAACCACAUCGGGGUAAAGUUGUUCUCAAUUUUAUCAGUGAAAAGUUGUAGUUAUAAAUAGGUUAAGGUUGAAAUUGUUUCCCGCCAUUUUCUAUUAUUUUUCUUCCCGACAAAAUUAGUGUAUACAAGAAAUUCAAUAAGUUAUACAGAUGGAAUUGUGUACCCUUUUGCGUAUAAUAAUUUCUAUCAUCUGUUUGUUGUGUGUGAUCUUCUAAUUUUGUUUUUGGGAUUUCAUGUCUUUAAUUUUUUUUGUCGGCGUCCAAAUGCAUAACAGGCAUACGCUAUAUCUCAUUUGCAUCGCGCUAUUCUUCGACUGUUGGGUAUGGACGUGCGCCGAGCUGUUCACUGCAAUAUCGGACAUGGAACAGCUAUUAGUGACCCACAAAAUUAUCAUCGAUGACCUGGACGCUUAUAUUCAAAAAGAAGAGAAAAGACUUGCUGUUUUAAAGAAACAGUUAAAUAUGUACAGAAAAGAACACGAGAUGGCGAUGGCGGACGUCGAAAACUAUUUGGGCAAUCCCAUCAACGCGUUCACUCUCAUCAAAAGACUUACUAUAGAUUUAGAUUUUAUAGAAAACAAAAUAAAAAAUGGAACAGAAUACGUUAGGAACGAGACAGCUAAAGGCACAGAAGUGAUAUAUCCAACCGAGGUGGACCUGACGGGAACUGUGCAGGCUCUCACGCGGCUGCAGAAUACGUACCGACUGGAUGUAGGAGAACUGGCACAGGGGAGAUUAAAUGGAAUCGUUUAUAGUACACCGCUAAGCGCCAGUGACUGCUACGAAAUUGGCCGCACGCUCUACAUAGUCGACGACUACUCCAACUCUCUGCGCUGGAUGCAAGAGGCGCUGCGCAAAUACAAAGAAGACGAAGUUCACAAUUUAUCAGAAAUCGAUAUAUUGGAGUACAUAAGCUAUUUGCAUUAUCUAUUAGAUGAUGGCCAAACAGCUUUAGAGUGGACCACAAAAAUUCUAAGUCUCGACCCGAACAACAAACAUGCUCUUAAUAACAUUCCAUAUUAUUUGAAGAGUGUGACAGAAAAGAAAAAGAUACUUGAAAUGGAAUACGCAGAGGAUGACGAUGAAGAUGUAGACGAUACCUAUUUAGAAAGGGAUAACAGAAUGUACCAAACCCUUUGUCGCGGCGAAAUGGAACUACCCAGUCAAAUUGUUAGAAGUCUUAAAUGCAGUUAUUUGACGAAAAACCAUCCGUUUCUGAAGCUGGCACCGAUAAAGAUGGAGCAGGUAUACAUAGAACCUGACGUGUUUGUAUACUAUGGGGUGAUAAGCGACGAGGAAAUCGAGCAUAUCAAGGCCAUGGCCAAACCCAGGUUCAAACGAGCCACUGUCGUCAAUACCAUGGGAGAAGGGACACCGUCGGACUAUCGUAUCGCCAAGUUUGCCUGGCUGAAGGACGAGGAGUCGGCUGUGGUGGCGCGCGUGUCGCAGCGUGUUGCAGACUUUACUGGACUAAGCACGACAUAUGCUGAGAAACUGCAGGUCGUCAACUACGGCAUCGGAGGACACUACGUACCACAUUAUGAUUCUGAAUUGAAAAAUGACAUACCUUUUAAACGUACCUUCGACAGGAGGCUAGCUACAGUUAUAUUGUAUAUGUCCGACGUAGCGCAGGGGGGCGCCACUGUGUUCUUGGAGCUGGGACUGAGCGUAUUACCCGUAAAGAACGCUGCGUUAUUCUGGAUGAACCUGCACCCGUCGGGCGAGGCUGACAUUGCCAUGCGUCACGCCGGCUGCCCCGUGCUGCGCGGCUCCAAGUGGAUAUCAAAUAAAUGGAUCCAUCAAUUCGGUCAAGAAUUACUUGCGCCUUGCAAUCUGAAAUAUCAACCAGAAGAGGUUAUGCGGAAAAUUAUAAAAGCCAAACCUAGAGUACUGGUGUAGUACGUUCAAUAUCUUAUCAGAUAUUCCUUCGUGUUCUUGUAAAAAAUAAACGUUAUAC